UAGCAUUGGAUAGCAUUGAGAGAGUUGUGCUGAACGUUGUGUUGAGUCAGUCGUCAACAAUACAGUCAUUGCAUAACAUUGUUAUCUGACUUUGCAUUUAGUGUUUUGUUUAGUAUUUUUAAGUUAUUUUAUGAUAUAAUAUCAUAUAAACAGUUGAGUGACAAACAAAAUCAUCUAAAAAAUCACCGAUUAAUACAUUAUUGUCAAUCAUAUGAUGAUUUUCAAUCACAUACUAGUCUUAGUUGUGCUCACUUUAGGAUCAGUUGUGAGCAAAGCUACAAACGGAUCAACUGAUGGCAAGACGUUUGAAGAAAAGGAAAGUUGUUAUCAAUUGUGUGACAAAACCUAUUCAUUACAUACUUAUCCUAAGUCCCAACACUUGACUGCAUGUCAACGGGGAUGUCGUUUCUCAAUACUAUCUCAUCUAAAUUUGGCCAAAAACUCUGCAAACUCACUGAUAACUGAUCCCAAACUUGUGACCAACAAUUGUAUUCAUUACUGUUCCCAAGCGUACGACACGAAUCAAAACUCAAGUGAAUACUAUGCGUGUGGUGUCGGCUGUAAUAAUGUCCACUUGAGUACAGGUGAUAAUGCAAUCAAUUCACACAACAAUAGUCCUAAAGUGCAUUUCAAUACCAAUGAUGUCGACCAAGUGAUCAAUGAAGCCAUCAGUCAUGAGAAGAGUAUUAUUGAUAAUGUGGACAAAAAUGAUAAUACAAACAGCAAUCAAAUGUUUAUAUCUCCAAUCAAUUUGUUUCGAUCUUUAUUCUCAUCUCUGGUCAGCCGUACAUCGGGUCCCGUAGUGGUCGAACGUUCAUCAAUGUCUGUAUUCUUUAGCCGAGAUAAUGACGGUCAGUCCAAACUGGUUGUCGUACAGUCAGAGCCUGAAGUGGUGGUCCAUCAAUAUCCAGAUUUAAUGGCAGUCAAUGAAUAUGAUAGCGAAUCGGUUACCGGUAGUGAAGAACACAUAACUACUGAUAAUAAUCGGCCAAAAAUAGAUGUUUCUCUUUGGUCUCAAGAGAGCCCAUUAAAUGUGGUACACAGUAGACAUGUAGACAAUAGUUGGUCCAAUUGCUUUCCAUACGAAUCAGGUGUUCCCCGAUGGAUACUGGGCACUGCCCUAUUUUUAGCCAUAUUUGUAUUGGCCUGGAUAUGCUGUGCCACUACAGCUACAGCACCGGAACAGCAUAUCAGAACUCGCAAAAUAGGACAGGGAAGUGAUCUCAAGUACCUUUGCCUCUAUGAAGAGCCCGUCAAAGUUAUCAUCGACGACAAACUUCCCACUUAUGAGGAACUGGAGGCACAAAAUGAGUUAACAGUCAAAACUAUUUGUAGUAAUGAUAACAAAAAUAUUGGCGACACUAAACAUUAAUAUGAUUGUUAACAUUGUUUAUAUCUUUUUUAAUUUGUAUUAUUUUUUCUAAUUUAUGAUUUCAAUGAUAUUUGUUAAAAUCAAAUUAAUUUGUUUGCA